UUUCCACCUAAUGAGAGAGGUGGAAAGGCAGUAGUCGCAGCAGGCAGCUGUCGCAUCGUACAUCUCUUUCCAUUUACUGCUUGCCUGAUAGCCCUUCGAUUUGUUUCUGGCUGGUUACAGAGUCAACAUCUGGAUCGGACUGAAGGCAGAGUCACCAUGGUGUGUGGAGGGUUCACCUGCUCCAAGAACUCCCUGUGCGUGCUGAACCUGCUGUAUAUUAUGGUCAGCCUGCUGCUGAUUGGAGUGGCAGCCUGGGGAAUAGGAUUUGGACUCAUUUCCAGUCUGCGAGUGGUUGGAGUCGCUGUUGCUGUUGGGAUCCUGCUAUUUCUUAUUGCUCUAGUCGGUCUUAUUGGAGCAAUUAAACAUCAUCAAGUGUUACUGUUUUUCUAUAUGAUCAUCCUAUUUUUGGUCUUCGUUGUACAGUUUUCUGUAUCCUGCGCAUCUCUGGCAUUAAACAAGGAUCAGCAGGAUCAACUUUUGGAAGUUGGUUGGAACCAUACAAAUGGAGCUCACACUGAUAUUGAAAGAAGCUUGAACUGUUGUGGAUUUCGCAGCUAUUCUAAAAAUGACACCUGUGGAGCUACAUGCGCGCCGGAUUGCCAUACAUGUGCUCCAAUAAUUGAAAGCCAUGCAGCAGAAGUGCUAAGGGUUGUGGGAGGAAUUGGUUUCUUCUUCAGCUUUACCGAGAUUCUUGGUGUUUGGCUGACUUACAGAUACAGGAACCAAAAGGACCCACGAGCAAACCCCAGCGCGUUUCUUUGAUUUAGAAGACCCUAAGACUACUCCUUCAUUCAGUUUAUUUAAUGCAUCUCUGCAGCUUUCUUGGUUGCUGUGGUUGAUUUGUUUGAGGGACACUUCUUCAACUGUGAAUUUAUAUUAUUUUUUUUUCUUUUCACGGGAAGUAGAAAAUAUGAUCUCAGUGUAAUGGCUGGUCAAAAUGAAAGAAUGAAGAAUCACAGUCUAUUGACAUUAAAGCUUAAGAUGCUCUCACCUUAACUGGAGCCAACUUUGGGAUAUAUUGGUUUAUAUGCUGUCGAUAAAGUAAUGUAUAUCUGUCCACCCUCCAACAGUAGGGCAAUGCUGUUCAGCUCACUGUCAUAUUUAUUAGUUAAACUUUUUAAAGUUGACUUUUUAAUUGUUAAUACAUAUAUUCUGUGUAACAGACACAAUUAUGUUCUUUUAGUUCUAUAAACAAUUUUUUUUCUUUUUUGCUCAUCAAAUCAAAAUCAUGCUAUGCACUGUAGUAGACAGCAAAAGCUAGUUAGUAUAGUCCCUGAAAAUGAAGUUCAGUGUUUUGACUAGUACACCAUGUAAGAACAGCCUGGGUAUUAGAAUGCAUGAACCCAGAGCAAGCUUAUCCCUGACUGUACUUAAUGUGUGAAACAUAUUAGGGUAUUAUGAAAUAUGGGGAUUUUUUAGAUGGCAAUAAAUAAGUUUUUCAAUGGGUCAGGUCUCAUAAAUUAACAUCCUGAGACCCUCUGUCCUUGAAAACUACAAUCAUUUUGUAGGUGGAGACUGUUUUGCCUCCUGGUGUUUUUACAGAUGCCCACCAUGUUUUUCUGGCCAAUGUCUGAAAUAUGGUGAAACUGGUUCCCUGCUGUGUUCUUUUAGAAGAGAUCAAGUUGUUUAACAAUGUAUGUUGCCACUAGCCAUAUAGCUGAGAAGAUAUUUUCUUAUAUCUAUAUCAUUUUAGGCCUCUGGCCCUUAAGUAGACUAAAGAUAUUUGUAAAUUGGAAAAACAUCCCUUAUGAUCUUAGACUUAAAAACAUUUCUUAUGUUUUUACCUAGUUCAUAAAAAAUUGCAUUUAUAUCAGAAUGACAUAAGAGAUGUAAAUUGACUUUAUAGCUUAGCAAUACUACUUCAGUGAAUCUGAGCCUACCCUGUGCAAUCCAUAGCUAUUACUUACUGGGCCCUCCCCAUUCUUAAUACCUUGUGUAAGGUGAUUAUAUAUAUAUAUAUAUAUAUAUAUAUAUAUAUAUCUCUUCUUCCACAUGCCGAUCUCUUGUAGAAAUAUAAAACUUUAAUGCAACACAUUACACAUUUUUUCAGUUUGUGUUUAUUUGAUUUAAUAGAUUGUAGUGGAAAUUGCCCAGUUCAAUUAGCCGUAACCGUGCUCUGUGCAAUUCCAAUGGCAGAAACUACGUUAUGGUAAUAAGAGGACCACUAUUUUGUAUUGUUUAAAAUAUGUCUUUUGUUUGAAUGUUUUACUACACUGGAACUACACUGGAACUACAGUUAUUUAUGGCAGCAUAAGAAAUUCUGUCCAGCUAUUCGUACUGUGAAUCCAACCUCUGUUGUCUUUAGAUACAGAAUGGAUUUUAAUUUGCACUGCUGUAGAGAAAGAUAAAAAGAACUGGAAAACAAA